ACCUCUCACUAACCUUAAUAACAACAUCAUCACUCUAGUAAUUCUUCGGUGGUUCUUCAAGCUGCAUCUGGGAAUUCAGAGAAGAUAAGCGAGCGAGAGAGAGAGAGAUCUACACUCCAUUCCACACAAACAAAUUGAAACUGCGUUCGGAUAUUCGCUAAUCAUCCUCUUUGUACACUUGUAUUCGGGCACAGGCAACAAUUAACCUUAUUAGUUUCUUUCCAGUUGAAUCCACUCAGAUCUUGCACAAUGGCUCAACCGCUUGUCAAGAAAGACGAUGAUCGCGAUGAUGAAGCUGAUUACUCGCCAUUUUUGGGGAUUGAAAAGGGUGCAGUGUUACAGGAAGCUAGAGUUUUUAAUGACCCUCAGUUAGAUGCUAGGCGAUGCUCUCAGGUCAUCACGAAGCUUUUGUAUCUUCUUAAUCAGGGUGACUCGUUCACAAAGGUCGAGGCCACAGAAGUAUUUUUUGCUGUCACAAAACUGUUUCAGUCUAGAGAUAAUGGUUUGAGAAGGAUGGUAUAUCUAAUCAUAAAGGAUCUUUCUCCCUCUGCUGAUGAGGUUAUUAUUGUCACAAGCUCCUUAAUGAAAGACAUGAAUAGCCGCACUGAUAUGUACCGAGCAAAUGCAAUCCGCGUCCUUUGCCGAAUCACUGAUGGAACACUCUUGACACAAAUUGAGAGAUACUUAAAGCAGGCUAUUGUGGAUAAAAAUCCAGUGGUUGCGAGUGCCGCCCUUGUGAGUGGUAUUCAUUUGCUGCAGACUACUCCGGAGAUAGUCAAGAGAUGGAGUAAUGAAGUUCAAGAAGCUGUUCAAUCGCGCGCCGCACUUGUACAAUUUCAUGCCCUUGCUCUGCUACACCAGAUACGACAAAAUGAUCGGUUGGCUGUUAGCAAGUUGGUUACAAGCUUGACAAAGGGAACUGUUCGCUCUCCUUUGGCCCAGUGCCUCUUGAUCCGCUACACCAGUCAGGUUAUCCGAGAGACUGGUGUUAAUUCUCAGACUGGAGACCGCCCAUUUUAUGACUAUCUUGAGAGCUGUCUUCGCCAUAAAGCUGAAAUGGUUAUCUUUGAAGCAGCCAAAGCAAUCACUGAGCUGAGCAAUGUCACAACCAGGGAGUUGACUCCUGCAAUAACUGUAUUACAACUUUUCUUAAGUUCUUCAAAGCCUGUGCUAAGGUUUGCUGCAGUGCGGACAUUAAACAAGGUGGCUAUGACACAUCCGAUGGCUGUCACAAACUGUAAUAUAGACAUGGAAAGCUUGAUUUCCGACCAGAAUAGAAGCAUAGCUACUCUUGCCAUUACCACACUGCUGAAAACUGGCAAUGAAUCUAGUGUUGAUCGGUUGAUGAAACAGAUAACAAAUUUCAUGUCUGAUAUUGCUGAUGAAUUUAAGAUUGUUGUGGUAGAAGCUAUAAGGUCAUUGUGUCUGAAGUUCCCGCUGAAGUACAGAUCUUUGAUGAAUUUCUUAAGCAAUAUAUUGAGAGAAGAGGGUGGAUUUGAGUACAAGAAGGCAAUUGUUGAUUCAAUUGUUAUUUUAAUUAGAGACAUUCCAGAUGCGAAAGAAGGUGGACUCCUGCACUUGUGUGAAUUCAUUGAGGAUUGCGAAUUCACAUAUCUUUCUACCCAGAUACUUCACUUUAUUGGAAAUGAGGGACCCAAGACCUCAGAUCCUAGCAAAUAUAUCCGCUAUAUUUACAAUCGAGUUAUACUCGAGAAUGCUACUGUGCGAGCCAGCGCCGUCAGCACACUGGCAAAAUUUGGUGCCCUGGUUGAUUCCCUGAAGCCUCGCAUAUUUAUCUUAUUGAGGCGUUGCCUGUUCGACAAUGAUGAUGAGGUCCGAGAUAGAGCUACUCUUUAUUUGAACAGUCUUGGUGAUGGUUCAGUAGCUGAAACUGACAAAGAUGUAAAGGAAUUUUUGUUUGGAUCACUUGAUAUACCACUAACAAAUAUUGAGACUACUUUGAGAAACUAUGAACAGAAUCCUACAGAAGAGCCUUUUGAUAUCUAUUCUGUACCCAGGGAGGUAAAGUCUCUUCCCCUUGUCGAGAAGAAAGCCCCAGGAAAGAAGCCAACUGCUUUGGGUGGUCUACCUCCUGCACCCACUUCUGCAUCUGAUGCUUAUGAAAGGCUUCUCUCCUCUAUUCCUGAAUUUGCAAAUUUUGGAAAGAUUUUCAAGUCGUCAGUGCCAGUGGAGCUUACAGAAGCAGAAACCGAGUAUGCAGUUAAUGUCGUCAAGCACAUAUUUGACCAACAUGUGGUGUUUCAGUACAAUUGCACAAAUACAAUACCAGAGCAGCUGCUUGAAAAUGUGACUGUUAUUGUGGAUGCUUCUGAAGCGGAGGAAUUCUCUGAAGUAGGAGUCAAACCUUUGAAAUCACUUCCUUAUGAUACACCAGCCCAAACAUUUGUGGCAUUUGAGAAAGCUGAAGGUGUCCCUGCGGUUGGAAAAUUUUCUAACACGUUGAGGUUCACUGUUAAAGAGGUUGAUACCUCUACUGGAGAGGCUGAAGAUGAUGGUGUGGAAGAUGAAUACCAGCUCGAAGAUUUUGAGGUUGUUGCUGCUGAUUACAUUCUAAAAGUGGGAGUCUCUAACUUUAGGAAUGCAUGGGAAAGCAUGGACCCUGAUACGGAGCGCAUAGAUGAAUAUGGCCUUGGGCCCAGGGAAAGCCUUGUCGAGGCUGUUAAUGCAGUCAUCAGUCUUCUUGGCAUGCAGCCUUGUGAGGGCAGUGAGAUGGUCCCAAGCAACUCAAGAUCGCAUACAUGUUUAUUAUCUGGUGUGUACAUAGGCAAUGUAAAGGUGCUUGUCCGUUUGUCGUUUGGAAUGGAUGCGACGAAAGAGGUGGCGAUGAAAUUAGCUGUGAGAUCCGACGAUGUGAAUGUGAGUGAAGCCAUUCAUGAAAUAGUUGCUAGUGGAUAGUCAUAGUACGAUGACAUUCUAUGUUUUGUAUUUCUUGGUGGAGGAUACUCUUUUUGAUAUAGAUUUUGUUGUGCUGAGUGCAAUUAUUAUAGUUUAAAAGAGGGAGGCCAAUUGUGUACUACGCUGGCUGAGAAUAUCCUGGGAAUUUAUUUGUUAAUUUCAUAUCAAAUUCCAUUGGAACAUUGGAUUGCAAUUGGUGUUACAAGUCAAUAUAAAUGCUCGUAUUUCUGGUAA